CUUCUGCCUCUGUUACCUCCCUUCUUCAUUAAAGUAGUUUUUCUAUGUUAAAUAUCAUUUCAAACAUUCUUAUUUUCUUUCUACCGCUUCAUUUCUGCACAUUCAUGGAGAAUUAAGUUAUUUGACUGUAAAGUUGGGGUGGGUCUUUUCUUCUCCAUUUGGGCCUUUACAAUAACAUCCCUCGCUUUUCCUUUUUGUUCCUUCAAUUUUGGUACUCUAUAAAUUAAAUUUCUUCACAUGAAAAGGAAGGACAAAGAAAGUGAUAAAACAAUGGCUGUUUCCACUGAGUUGGACUUGCAGAGCAGCAGCGAUUGCUCUUUUGUAUGGGAUCCUCAAACUCACCUCUAUUUUCAUGCCAGUAGUGGAUUUUACCAUGACCCUGAUGCCGGAUGGUACUAUAGCAGUAGAGAUGGUCUCUAUUACACAUUUGAGAAUGGAAAUUAUGUGCUUUUGGACAUGGAAGGAGCUGUGGCUGAUAAUUCUGUUUUAGAUGAGCCUUGUGCCACUGCUUCUUAUAAUGGUCCCGAGUAUAAUCGCUCUUCGUCUCAGGGCAAUGAAGUUGAUGCUCAGAAUACUACUAUAAAUGUUGCUGAUGAAUCUACUAGUACAGGUCCAAUAGAGGACACCAGUGCUCAAGCAUCUGAGCAGCCACCACCACCAUCAGAGUGGUUAGAAGACACACUCAUUGACCUUUAUCUUUCUGGGUAUAACUUAGCUGCCAAUUCUGCUGCUGAUGCAAGUAUUUCGUUGGAAACAGACGAAAAAGAGAAUUUCAAGUUUCCUACUGAUGGAAAUGAUGAGAUGUACGAGUUGGAAGAGGGUGAAUGGAUCCCAGAGGAAAGCUUUGGUUUGGGCGGUUCAAGUGAAGUUGUCCCAUAUGAAGGUGAUACAUGGGAUGAAGAAAACUGGCGAGCCCAAUACGGACAAGUCACACGUUGCAAAGAUGAGCCCUUGCUAGAAUUUCCAGUUGUGGAUUUGUGGGAUUGGAGUAUGGUGACAAAACCAAAAGAGGAUGGAAAAAAGCAAGUGGCUAGACUGAUAGGUCGGCUGGUGAAGCGGUCGGCUAAAGUUCACCCCUCCGUGCCUCUUGGCGGUGGUCUAUUAAAAACUGCUCCUAUAUGUGAAGUUCAUCUUGAUCUGGUACGAGUUAGAACAGGACAAGUGUACAAAUUGCGAACUCCAUGUCCAAGGUAUUUAGCUUCCUUGUCAACAUAUGAUUCUUCUGAUCCAACAAAAGAUUGGGGCUUCCCUGAUUUAUUAGUCAAUAAGAAAAGCUUCGUCCAGUUCAAAUCUAGACAAAAGCAAAAAUCAGAAGCAACUAGAGAGAAAGGCUUAAAGGAUUUGUCUAUGUUGUCAGAUCAGCUCUCUACAUCAUUGAAGGGAAGCCAUGCAUAUCGUGAUAGAGCUGCUGAGAGAAGAGCCUUGCGUGGUGGCUUUGGUCUGGGUCCAGGGCAAAAGAAUGCAGGAAGUGAUCAUGAUAAUGAUCCUACCUGUAUAGAAGAUGCCAAAGCUGAAGCCUUGAACAUGUCAUUUGGGGCUGGUAGUUAUGCCAGACGAAUUAUGGAAGGCAUGGGCUGGAAAGAGGGGGAGGCUCUUGGUAGCACCACAAAGGGCUUGACAGAACCAUUACAGCCAACCGGGAACAUUGGUAAUGCUGGAUUAGGAUGGCCUCAAACAAGGCAUCGCUAGGAUUGCUAGCCACCAUCAACCUUCUUUUUAUACUUUGGGCCGAUGGUAUAUAUUAUAGUUUCUGGAAACUCUUGUGUGGACAGUAAAGCACCAUGAUCAAAAGUUACAUAAAUGGAAUAACAUCAUAAUGGUGUUCACGGUUUAAA